UGUGAGCAGGGUGGGCGCGGGGAGGGGGCCGGGGCCGCCGCCAUGGCUGCUCUCCGGAAGAUGGGGACAGGCACAGUGUCCCCGAGCAGCCCCAUGUCCCCAGGCACCUCGGGGCAGCCCUGGACGUGCCCCACGAAGGGCUGAGUGGGGCAGGGGAGUGGGACCCCAAGAGAUGCCUUGUCCCUGAAACCUGAAGACAUGUCCCUGUCCGAGUGGCGGGGAUGCAGGAUACGUCCUGGCAGCAGGACCUGGCUCAUGAGGACCUCAGGAACGUGCCUGCUGCUGUUAGUUGGUGGCACCAGGUGGCCGUGUGGCAUGUCCCCUUGCCAGAGAGGGACAGCCUGGGGGCCAGGGAUGCCGGGGAAGGAGGAGGGAAGGAUCUGUGCCCCCUGCCCUGCCGGGAGGGGUGGCAUGGUGGUGACACCCUAUGCUCAAGGGAUGGGGACUGGGGACCCCAAUUCUGCCCAGGGGACCUGUGCCAGCUUAACACUGGACUGGGCUAACUGGGAGAGGAGGGUGGCCCUCCCAGGCCCUCCCUGCGACGGCCUGCCCUUCCUCCCUCUCCCCCUCUUCCUCCCCGGAGCACGGCUCAGAGCAAGAGCAAGGUGGGGUAAAAAUAGUGCAGCAGCAACCGCUCGCCCCAGCCUGGCCCCGGCGGGGAGAGGCCGUGCACAGCUCGUCACACCGCCUCCGGCACCAGCACCUCCCAAAAUAGCCGGGGCUGGGGUCACGCAGCUGCCCUGCCCCCAUGGUGAGGGACCGUCCCGGCUCCUCGUGGGUGCUUUGAGGCAGCACAGCCUCCCCUCGCCUCCAGCCCCCUCUGCAGCCCCCCAGCUUGGGGAUAAGACUGUGGGGGCUCCCCAGGACCCCCCCGUUCCUGCGCUGGCUCUGCAGUUAGAUGGGGGGAUGCCCGUAGCCUUCGGGGACUCGCCUGCCGCUUCGCCCUCCUCGCCGCAGCCCAGCAGCUCCCUCCUCCCUUUGCUCCUUCCUCUCCAUCACCCCAUCCGCCAGCGCUCAUCACCAUCGAGGCGGGGGGGAAGAGGCUGCCAACCAGGGCCGGAAGCAGCCAUGGGGUCACCGCCGCCGGCUGGGAGCCCCCCGAGCUCCCGGGGAGCGGUGUGGGGAAGAUGGGGGCUCUGGCCACCGCCGGCCGCUGCCUGCAGCCCAGCACCUCUUCCCCGAGCCCCACCUCACCAUCAUGCUUUUUUCCUCUUGUUUCUUCUCUUGCAGGUUUCACAUGGGGAACCUUCUUAAAGUGUUGACUUAUAACGAACUUGACCAAGGCCCUAAUUUUUUCCUUGACUUUGAAAGACCCUGCUCAGAGCCCUCCGGGUUUCUCUCCCCGGGGCGCUGCCCUGCAGAUGCACAGCCGACGGAGGCCGAGACGGUGGUGUGGAACCAGGUGAAUGCCGUGCUGGAGGAGGCGCAGGCUGUCCUGGCCGAGCUGCAGUCCUACACGGGCGCCGGGCACGAGAUCCGAGAGGCCAUCCAAAACCCUGGGGACCUGCGGCUGCAGGAGAGGGCAUGGAGCGCCGUCUGCCCCCUCGUCGCCAAGCUGAAGCGCUUCUACGAGUUCUCCCUGCGGCUGGAGAACGCCCUGCGGAGCCUGCUGGAGGCCCUCACCAGCCCCCCGUACGCCCCGACCCAGCACCUUGAGCGGGAGCAAGCCUUGGCUAAGCAGUUUGCUGAGAUCCUCCACUUCACCCUCAGCUUCGAUGAGCUCAAGAUGACCAACCCUGCCAUCCAGAAUGACUUCAGCUACUACAGAAGGACCAUCAGCCGAAAUCGCAUUAACAACCUGCAGCUGGACGCAGAGAGCGAGGUGAACAACGAGAUGGCCAACAGGAUGUCCCUCUUCUACGCUGAGGCCACCCCCAUGCUCAAAACGCUCAGCAAUGCCACCACCAAAUUUGUCUCAGAGAACAAGACCCUCCCCAUUGAGGACACGACCGACUGCCUGAGCACCAUGGCCUGCGUCUGCAGGGUGAUGCUGGAGACCCCGGAGUACCGGAGCCGCUUCACCAACACCGAGACCCUCCUCUUCUGCAUGAGGGUGAUGGUCGGCGUCAUCAUCCUCUAUGACCAUGUCCACCCUGUGGGGGCCUUCGCAAAGACCUCCAAGAUCGAUAUGAAAGGCUGCAUCAAAGUCUUGAAAGACCAACCCUCAACCAGCACUGAGGGGCUCCUGAACGCUCUGAGGUACACCACCCGGCACCUCAACGAUGACACCACUUCCAAACAGAUCCGGGCCCUGCUGCAGUGAGCGUGGAGCUGGCCUCGACCCCGCACCGUCACCGUGUCACCUCCGUCCAUCACCAUACCGCUCAUUUUGUACAGAGGGAAAAGGGACAAUAAGAAAUACACAGUAACAUGGGAAAAAAAAUAAUCAAAACAGCCCAAGGCCACCCUCUACAUGCUCCUGCCCCCUCUCUUCUCAUCCUCACUCCCCCCCAAAUUAGCACCUGCUUCCGGACACAAGGUGCGGGUGACACCAUGGGGACACUGUGCCAGGGGUGCGGGGGCCAGGCAGGAUGGACCCGGGCAGGGAUGCGCCGAUGGGGCUGGUGGCAGCAAGCACUGGGGGCACUUUGGGGAUGGGGGAAAGGGGUAGGUGCCACCCCCGUCCCCAUCCUCAUCCCCGGAGCAUCCUGCUGCAGAGGAGGAAUCCUGCAGACCUGCACUGAUGCUGGUGGAAAUGGCUGGGUCUCACCCGGUAGAUUUUUAAUAUAAGCAAUUAAAUCUCCACUCACCUCUUCUUUUCAA